UACUAUGAAAUAAAAUAGCAUUCACGAGCACACACUCGCCGAGCUCGGUCAGUACACUCAUUGGCUCGACUCGUGCGCGGAGCAUCGUAUUAUGGUAAUAUAAAUUGACCAACCGUAGAGCAAAUUUGGUUAGUUCGUUAAAGUUGAUUAAAGCCAUUUAACCGGGACGGAGACGACGAAACGUACGCGAACGUCGAUCCCGAGGGCUAGACUAAACGAACUUCAAUUGUUUAAUAUCGGAGUCGAUAAUUCGAUCGCGAGGGCUGUCGCAGCCCGGAGAAGCGCGGCACGGCGGCAGGUAGCGGGUAGCGCGACGGAGCCGAGCGAGGCAGGCGCGGAGGUAGCGGGUAGCGCGCCCGCCGCCGCCGGCUACAUGUACGUGUGCGGGGACGGCGCCGGGCCGCGGUACGAGUGCGCCUUCGACGGCGGCGCCAUGGAGCAGCCGACCUUCGAGGAGCACAUGUUCGGGGAGUUCGGCAAGGAGCGGCAGGUGCAGGUGGUGGUGGGCGCGGGCGGCGAGCUGCAGUACCGCGACGAGCUGCCGGUGUUCGCUCCCGACAAGCGCAAGGACGAGCCGCUGCUACUGCAAGCCGUGGACGCGCCGCCACUUGCCACACCGCACCCGCCGCCCACAACCACCACUUCCAAGAAGAGCGACAAGAAGAAAGGUGACAACAAUGGGAUCAAGAAAAAGAAAACAAGAACAACAUUCACGGCUUAUCAACUGGAGGAGUUAGAAAGGGCGUUCGAGCGCGCCCCAUACCCCGAUGUGUUUGCAAGAGAAGAACUAGCUGUGAAGUUAAAUCUUUCCGAAUCACGAGUUCAGGUAUGGUUCCAAAAUAGAAGAGCAAAAUGGCGCAAACGCGAGCCACCUCGCAAGACUGGCUACAUCGGAUCUAGUUCACCAAGCUCAACCACAUUAAGCGGUGGCUUCUCAGGCAUCGGAGGUAACUUACCGCCUUUCCCCCAAAAUGGUUUGCCAGCUCCAGCGGAUUCCUGGUCCUACCAACACUCAUACGAGCUGUCUUCCCAUCACCUGCUCUCUUCUGGGAGCAGCGGGUACCCUGGAUUCAAUACUCAACCAGCCUAUUCAUAUACCACGGUACUGAACGGACACGAUGGCCAAAUGUUCGCUCCUCGGCACUCUUACGAGUACGGUGAAGGCAGUCCGCCUCCGCUCGGAGUGAGAGAUUAUCCCAUGAUAGCAGCUCACUCGCCACACAUGGAAACGCACGGGCACGAUGAUAAGUUGGAAUACAGAACCCACGAACACGAGGAUAAAUACUCAGCGUGCGCGUUACAAGAGGAACCUCCUCGAUACGCGCCUCCCGAGGACUAUGAGAAGUGUGGGAUGGUCCCUCACGACAAACACUACGAAAUCGACCGUCAUUCUGACAUGUCCCAACCCGUGGUAGUGAAAAUGGAGCCCAGUUCCGGACAGCCGUAUACGUCACUGCCCCCUUUUUUGAAUUGAAAUACUCCUUUUCGAAAUUAUCAUAGCGUUUAGAUCAAUUUCGAAAAGGAGUAUUUAAUAAGAGUAGUAUGUUUUUUUACUUAGUUAAGUAAGUGUGCGGUUAGUUAAGUUUGCAGGUGUGUUAUGUUAGAUGUACGUAUGUCUAUGUAUUACUUAAUUUUAAGACUUAAGCAAAUGUUAUCAAAGCAUUGUUAAAAUUAGCUUAGAAAAGAUAGGGGUAUCUGAUCUAGUUUAGAUAUACUCGUAGGUAUAAUUUAUUUUCGUAGUUAAAUAUUCAAAAGUAAAAGUUUAACAUUAAAAACUGACAUUGGUUUCUUAAUAAAUUUUCUUUUAUUCUUUACAAGUUAGCUCUUGACUACAGUCUUGACUACAGUCUUACCUGAUGGUAAGUGAUGAUGCAAUCUAAGAUGGAAGCGGGCUAACUUGUUAGAAGGAGGAAAAUCUACACCCCUUUCGGUUUCUAAAUAUAGACAACGGUGCCUGUUUUGUUAUAAAAUAUGUAGUGUUUAUGAAAGGACUCGUGUAUACGAGUAUAUUGUUUAUACUUUAAAACCAGGAAUAAUGGAACGGUUUUUAAAGGAAGAUAUUUUUUUAAACGCUUAUUCAAAUACCGUACCUAAAUGCGAAAGUAGUCUUGGAAUAGUAUAUUUUUCUAAUAACCUCUUGUAAAUGAAACUUUUUUAGGAUUUUGAAAAUCCGAAUUAGCUAGUUAAGUUUUCUACUCGUGCAUUCCUCGUGCCUUAUUGUAUUAUAGAAUUAUAGUGUGCAAAUUAUUAUUGCUUAGGUAUAUAUCAGGUAGAUACUCGUAUAUUGGGUUGGGAAUUAGAUUUUUACUCAAAUACGUAUUUAUAUUUCUUGAUAUCUUAUCUAUUGGAAAGUGCAUAAUUAAGGUAUUCAGUGUUUUCUGAUAUUUUUAGGCAGGUAAAGUUAUAUAUUGUACAUAUUUCCAAAAUUAAGUGUAUGUAAAUUUUUUACAUUAUAUUUUACAUUACAAUUAUAUUUACGUAGAUACGUAGGUACGACCUCAAAAAGUUAAAAGGUGUUGUGGGGAAAUUACGAAGACGAGGUAAUUCUGUUUCUGAAUAUCUAAGAAUAAAAUCUUUGGAUUAAAAAAAAUAUUCAAUAUGUCGUUUUUUGUAUUUCUAACUUUAGUGGAUCUACUAAUGGCAAAUAGAUUUACACAAAAAGUAUUUUUCCGGAUUUCCGCAUCUUCGUUAGGUAUUACCCCAUAGCAUCUCGUUACUUAAAAAUUGUUUAUUCAACUGUGUUGAACUUUACUUGAAGGACCAAAUCGUAACUAUACUCGUAUAACUUGUUGCAUUUUGUAAAUAUUUUAAGUAUGUGAAUUUAUGUGCCAAAUAAUAUGUAGGAAAGAGGUAUUUGAAACUUGUUACAGUACCUCGGUAUUGUUAAUAGAUUUAAAUAGGCAAUUUAGUAAUAAAGUUCAUAUUUUUAGUAGGUAGAUUCAACUUUAGAAUAAUCAUUGCAUUUUGAUGAUACUUCUUCUGCAGAACUCAUUUACUUCAUUACAAUUUUAUUUUAUUUAUUUAAUACUCUUUAUUUGUACACCACAAAAAAUAAAAGAAAACAGGCAAAACAGAAACAUAAGAAAAAGUAGAAUACAAAAGGCGGCGUUAUCGCUUAGUAGCGAUCUCUUCCAGGCAACCUUACAAUGUCUUGUCACUAGCGUUUUGAAUUUCACCUAUUUGUAUUUCAGAUGAGUUUUUCGUUAACUAAAUGUCUCUCGGGAGGGUAUAGAACCGUCAGGCUAAUUCACUAACUUUGACGUAUUGUAGUUGAUAUAUACUUACUCAUACGAAAUUGAGAUUUUAAGUAAUAAAUGUCAUCUGGUGCCUACUGACAACCUUUCGUGGAUAUCAUACAGUAGGAAGAUGACAUUUCUCGGUUGAUUCGAUGUUUAUUUAGGUUGUUAAUAAAUACCAAAUUAGUGAAUAGGCCUGUAGUCACGAGGCAUGUCGACUCCUUUCUACAAACGCAAACGCUGCAAAAACUAAAAUAUGUAUGGGAAUGACAGAUCUCACGUGAUACGUCGUUAAUAAAUGUCAUUCCCAUACAUUUUUUAAUUUAAAACAUUUGUUGGGUAAUUCUAGCGGCGUGCAUAAGGUUUUUAACUAUGGUAGGCAUUAUAAAUACUAUAAGUACAAUAAAAAAUUCCAUCUCAAGUCUUCAGUGAAGGUCUGUAUCUAGGCACGCCACUGGGUGAUUGUAUUUAAGUUUUUAAAAAAAAAUACUCAAAUAAAUAAUUUUGACCAAUUUUAAAAAUUAUAAAUCAAUUGCCGCACCAUGUGGACGUUCAUCAAUUUAGAACGGCUGGACCGAUAUUGAUGAUAUUUUCAAGUAUUGAAGUGGGUAUUUGCAUGAUUUAUGGAUGAAAUUGAAUCCAAUAGGAGAUUUUUUGCCAAGCUUACAGCGAUAUUAUAAAAGAAAACCAAAGACAAUUUGAAAUGAUAAUAGAUAAUAAUAGACAAUCUUGGACUUUGUACAAGAAAUUCUAAAAAAAGAACUAUUUACAACAGCAGGGUAACUUACUACUACUACAAAGAACAUGUAUUUAUUUUUGCGAUUUUACUAUAAUAUAUUGUUAAGUUAAUUACGUAUUUGUUAAGAUAGUACAUCUAAGAGAACGCAUGACAAUUGUAAAUUAAGUUUUUAUAAGCAAUAUCAUAGAAUAUAAUUUUUGAGAAUAAUAAUAAUACGAUGUGCUUA